AUGUCUCUGAACACACCAGUUCAGUCAGGUUUUCCUGUCCAGUGCUCUUCCAGAUCUGGAAUCUCAUCACCGCAAUAUGACUGGCAUGCGCAGGGCCAGGAGGAUGCAGAGGGGACACUCCCAAUCGCCUUCGAUGGAGCAGCGGACGGGGACCAUCUAGCAGAUGAGGUGGAUGACGAGCCUCAGAUCCCUUUCCAACCAUUCUUCACACUUGUUGAAGAUGCCCACACAUCCGAUUACCACCACCCAACCAUUCACUACAUCUUCUCCGACGACGAUACUGACAUAGUCACUGAAGCCGCGCUGCGUAGUCUGGAUUCUCAAAAUGAAGCCCUCUCCAACUCCAAGAAAACCCAUCUCAACGAAGAGCUCGGAGACCCCGAGAAAUCAAGCCUUCUCCCACCUCCAAUCCCCGGUGUGCGAGAGAACUACCUCGUCUUAGAUAUUGAACCACUCCCUGCAACCAACCCCGCAAUCGAUCAACCAAGCUCAGUCGGGCUGAGAGGUGUUGGUGAUACAAAAGCCAUAUCAACAUCACCCACCUACCAGUCCCAGCUCCCUGGCCAAACACCCAGCCCAGGGCCUGGACCAGGUGUGCAACACAUGCAGUUCCGGGUAACAUCGGCGAAGAGUUUCUCACCAACAUGGCAGAUACUGAAUAGUGAGAUGAGCUCGGCGCCAACAUUUGAGAAUCAUGAUUCCGGAGAGACAGAAGGGCAUGGGUCGAUGUUGAAGAUUCGUGGGACUAGUGGGUUACCGGCAGAUACUGGCAAAGAAAAGGGAGAGCGAGGUGCGCAAAGACUUGAGGAGAUGAUGGAAAACUUUGCAAAGCGAAUGCAGGAGUUGCAGGUUGUUAUCGAUUCUACCAACUUGGACCCUACAACUACCGUGGUCAGAGAGACUGGCAUUGGCCACGAGGCACAUGCUCCGGAUGAGGUUGAGCAUAAUUAA